AUGGGCCGUUGGUUGAAGCCAGAUGUGUACCCGCUGAUCGCGGCCAUGUCGUUCGUGACGGGGAUGUGCGUGUUCCAGCUGACACGGAACGUGCUGAUGAACCCGGACGUGCGGGUGAGCAAGCGCCACCGCCAGAGCGCCGUGCUGGACAACGCCGACGAGGGCCAGCGCUACAGCCAGCACGCCUUCCGCCGCUUCCUCAGCACGCAGCGCCCGGAGGUCUUCCCCGCUCUCAACCGCUUCUUCUCCGAGUCCAACUCCACCGACAAGUGA